GAGAGGGCGCUGGUGCACAAUGUGUCAGAGGGCGUCAUCGUCAGCAACCAGAGCUUGGUGCUGCAGAGGGUGACCAGAACCCAAGCUGGACGCUACGCUUGUCUGGCGCACAACGCCGUCGGCGCCGGACUCUCAAACACACUCACCCUCGACGUUAAGUAUGCACCAGUGUGCUCGCCUGGUCAAGUGACGUCCUACGCCGUAGAGCGCUACGAGGACGCCGAAGUGACCUGCUCCGUGGAGGCCAACCCCAUCCAGGAGUCCUUCCAGUGGACGUUUAACAACACGGCCGACACCAUUGACGUGCCCCACGGCCGCUUCAGCACCCUGGCCAGCCACAGCGUCAUCACCUACACGCCCAUGACCGCCUUCGACUACGGCACCCUCCUGUGCUGGGCCACCAACGAGAUCGGAGACCAGAAGGAGCCAUGUGUCUUCCAUAUCGUGCCCGCAGGUAAGCCGGAGCCGCCGGGUAACUGCACGCUUGGGGCCAGGACUCGUACCUCCGUCAGAGUGCAGUGUGUGGCGGGCAGCAGCGGCGGCCUGCCCCAGCACUUCCUCCUGCAGGCCAGGUCGCAGGCGCCUCAACACCACCAUCAGCUUAACUUUACCUCCACCUCCCCGGAGUUCUACGUGGAAGGUCUCCAGGUGGAGGGGAAGUACCAGCUGCUGAUGAGAGCCGUCAACGACAAGGGCUCCAGCAGCGCCACCCAGCUCACCGUGGCCAGCAGCGGCACCAACAACUCGGUCUACCAGCUGCACGACGGGCCACUGGAAGCUGAGGUCCGGGACGGCGGGCAGACGGGCGUGGGCAGCGAUGGCGGGGCAGCGGGCACCAACCACACUGCCUCCCUCUUCCCAAGCCUCGCCCUGCCCUCGCUCUUCAUGGGGGCGCUGGGCACGGGCUCGGGGCUGGUGUUCGUGGUGAUCGUCUCGCUGCUCUGCGUCGCCUACCACAAGAGGAGAGUGUCGCACCAGCCAGGCCCCCUGGCGGACCCCCUGCACCACACGGAGGCCAGGGACACCCCCAGGGGCGCCAGCAAGUGCACCCUCACCUCUCCUACACUGACCCCUGAGCAUCAUAUCACCUGCCUAGAGAGGGACAUGCAGGUCAGUUUAUUGUGGCCUCAUUAAGCCGCUGUUCAGUGUAAUUUUCUGUGCGGAACUUGUGUAUAUAAUGUAAUCAAAUAAGUCGCUAUCCUUAUCAAUAAUUCGAACAUAAUUUUUAUAUCAGGUGGCCCUUGAUUGUCGCGAAUUUGGAUCGUAGGAAUUUGAGCCUAAAUGAUUUUGUUAACACAGUUAUCUGUGGAUUCGUACAUGUACGAGUUGGAACAAUAUGUGGAAUCGUAUGUACACAAGUUAGUACACGAUGGGGAUUCGUACGUUCACGAAUAUGUACGUAAAGAGGAUUUGUACGUACAUAAGAUAGCACAUAAUGUAGAUUUAUACAUACGCGUGUUGGUACAAAAUGUGGGGUUUGGAUGUUCGCGAGUUUGCACAUAAUGAGAAUUCAUUCGUAUUUGAGUUAGUACAUUGUACACAGUAAGCAACAUGAUUUUGUAAUGUGUAAAGUUUUGUAAUGUCUUGGUAAUCAACAUGAUCUUGAGCCCCCCUCACAAUUAUCUUUGUGUUUUGUAGACUUUAUAAACUACAUUCUCGCA